AUGGCAAACAAAACACAGGAUGCUAGCCGCGAGCAUCUUCUGAUUACAGGUGUUACUGGUUAUAUCGGAUUCAAGACUUUAACAAUUGCUCUCGAAAGAGGGUAUCGGGUUCGGGCAGUUGUCCGGAGCGAAAGCAAUAUCGAUGACUUGAAAAGUAAAAGCAUCGUAAUUGCACAAAGCCUUGACAAAAGGAAACUCGACUUCGCUGUCAUCCCGGAUUUCCUCGAGAAAGAUGCAUUUUUCCAGUGUCUUGAUGGAAUCAGUGUUAUCAUUCAUCUAGCGUCACCUUUGGCAAUUGAGACCGAUGACUAUGAUGCGGGUAUUGUGAAGCCAGCUAUAGCUAUGGUGACGACAGUCCUGGAAGCAGCUACUCGCGUAGCAGCAAUCCGUAGAGUGGUAUUGACUUCUUCAUGUGUGACGUUAAUUCCAUUUGAAUGGAACAUGAAUCCAGACAGCGAGAGACUAUAUACAGGUCGGUAUACCAUUCCACGAAACAAAUUUGCUGCAGAAACUCACGCCGCAUGCAUAAAAUUAGUGUCUGAUACAAAUACCAGCCUCACUGGUCCCUUUUCAAGUGCCAUGGAAGCCUACUGGGCAUCCAAAGCUCUAGCUCGAGUAGAGACCAAGAAAUUCGUCCGCGAUAUGCGUCCAACCUUUGACUUUGUGAACCUGUUACCGUCCGUGGUAAUUGGCCCAGAUGAUCGUCUUAAUGCGGAUCCAACUGCGACUGGAGACAGCCUCCUUCAGGGCACCCGAGCAGCCGUGCUUGCACCCGCGCUAAAUUCCUCACUCAACUCUCCAUUCCCUUACGUUGGUACUCCAGUACAUGUUGCCGAUGUUGCGCGGGCACAUGUCGACGCGAUAGAUUGUGGGGUGGUUCCUGGAAACUCGGAGUACAUUUUGUCCUCGGAUACUCCAGAUGGAGUAGUUUGGGAUAGAGAUGUGAAGGAGAUUUGCAGGAAGAUCUUCCCCGAAGAGGUUGUCAGUUCUCACUUGCCCUCAAUCUUCAUCUUCGUGCUUCAUUUCUCCGAAAAUAAGUCAACCUGCACUAUGCAGUUCCCGUAUCAAACCAUUACUUCUUUCAUGGCCUUCGUGCUCUUCACCUCUGUUACUGCUGCCCCAGCCUCCGAAAUUGCUGCUGGCGCUGUGGCAUGGGCCGAUCCUCAAGACUGCCACCGAUUCUACGAAUGCCCCGUUGGUGGGAAGCCCGUUUUGAAGACCUGUGGCCCCGGAACCGCCUUUCAGUCGAAGACUAGCGUCUGCGACUACGAGCACCUGGUGGCUAGCUGCUGGCAUCACUGGAAGUAG